AUGACAUCUCAAGCUUUUGAACAAGGCAACAAAAAGAGUGGUGGUGUGAUAAGCAAGACCAGUGCCACACAGGGCACGGAGCUGAGAAUGUGGCUUGGGAUCGCAGUUCUAGUUUCUCUUGCUGUAUGCUUGUCUGUGGAGGAGGCAACCAUUGAUGAAGGAAUCCCUUGCUCAAAGUACCAGCUAGCUUUCAACCGUUCUUGCUAUGAGUUUGUUAGACUCCAGCGUACCUUCACACGUGCCCAGAGUUGGUGUGAGAGAGGAGGGGGGCACCUUGUCUUUAUCGAAAAUGAGGAAACUCAAGAGUUCUUGCAAAAACAUAUUGCUGAGGAUCAGGAAUGGUGGAUAGGACUGAUCUCAAACUCCUUGCUGAAUGGAACUACUAACGGGUCAAUGAUUUGGCUGGACACUUCAAAUAUAAGCUACAGUAACUGGUACAAGGAUCAGCCUUCUUCCUUCUUAUCCACAUGUGGGUAUAUCCUGAAGAACGCCAAGUAUCAGUGGGGUGUGGCUGAAAAUUGCAGCCAGGAAUUCGGCUUCAUUUGCGAGUUUGAAUCUGGCCAGAGUAUUGCUUGUGAUAAUUACAAUGCCACUGUGCAGUGUGGAUCAGGAGAAGUUAUUCAAAUUGGAGAGAGCUUCUACGGACGGAAGACCCCUCACUACUGUGUAUCAGAGACUCCUCUCCAGUACGGUACAGAUGAAGACUGUAGCUGGAUCAGUGUCAAAGAUGAAGUAGAAGGCCAGUGCCACGGUCUUCAGGCCUGCCAGGUGGCAGCGGAUGGCACUUUCUUUGGAGAUCCUUGUCCAGCUUCUGGAAGCUAUUUGUCUAUUCAGUACCACUGCAAGGAAGGUCUGCAGCUGGUUGUAACAGAUAUGUGCUUUGUCUUUGAAAAUUUCACGAUCAGUUUGAACUGGCUGCUCUCUCCAUACUCUGGCAACCUUUCCUGUAUCAUUAGCACUGGAGAUGGCCACACUAUUGAUCCUUACUACCCUCUAACAUUGGUCAGCAACGUCACAUAUCGAUACUCGUCUCCUGGAGAGUUUACUGUUUUUGUGGAAUGCACCACGAGCGAAUGGCAUGUGACGGCGCAGAAGCGGGUGACUGUUCAAGAUAAGAUGGAUCAACUAAGCAUUACUGGGUGCUAUAGCCAGUACGAACCUGGGAACAGCUCUCACUGCCGGACGCUGUAUGGGGAGUCGUUGUGGAUUCAAGUUGAACUCAAUGGAGGCAACGGAGUGACCUACAUUAUAUUAGCAGAUAACACGACACUCACUGAAUCCAGUGUAAAGGAAGGAAUUGUCCCUCACAAUCUGACACUCGACAGUGCCUCUCAAGAGCUGCUAGGCCCUGGGACACAUCAGCUGGAAAUCCGAGCAUCCAGCAGCACAACCGCAUCAGAGAUCUCUGAGAGUAUUGCUGUUCACUUAAUUGAGCCAGUAUCUGGUCUUCAGGCCGCAUUAGCUUCUCACACUCUGCAGCAGGGGGAGAAUUUGGAGAUAAAUGUCUCUGUGUCUCAUGGUGCCCCAGAUAAGCUGAAGUUUGAGGUGAUUGGACCUAAUGAAACUCACUCGCACAAAGAAGACGGCCCUCCUGGGGAACCUCGAACGUACAUCGUUCCUGUGCACUCUGAAGGCACUUUCCUAGUGAAAGUGGUGGCCACGAACGCCUUCUCAAACUUGAGUCUGGAUCUUGGGUUCAUCACUGUGUUGGCAAACAGUUCUCACAGAAAAGAUUCUGCUAAGGAAGAAGGCAGCUCCAAAACAAAUAUGCAAAAGACAAACGAUCACAAAAGAAAAAUCAAAAUAUGUAUUACACCGAGUCGCCAUGUGGAUCCUUUCACAACUGUUACACUUGGCUGGCCAGACAACAACAAUAAUUCCAGUUUUCUCUGGUCCUGUGGAGCUUGCUGGCCUGAGUGGAAUGAAUGUGUGCAGAAACAGAUAAUCCUAACCAACCAAACCAAGGUGCAAAUCCCACCUUCCUGCCUUCCUCCUCCAAAGUCAGCAGUAACUGUCAGGCUUACAGUCCGAAACCAUGGCAAUGAAGAGAGGCAUGACGAGCAAUGUCUCUAUGUGACUGCAAAACAAGAACUGCAACUGGAAAUCAGGUGUGAGGCAAACUGCAAGCCAGUGAAUGCUAGUGAUGAAGUUGUUCUGAGUGUCUCUGGGCAGAAGGACCACCAGGCCAUAUAUUAUAACUGGUAUUUAGAUAACACGUUCCAAACCCAGUCUAUGCCCCUCCCUCUAGCCUGUGGCCUGACUGGUUUCCGGCAAAACUCUCUGAAUUUGCUUCAAAGCAACACAUCCGUGUUGAAAAUGAACAGCUCAUUCUUGCAGACACAGGGAGAAGCUUUUCAGAUAAAAGUCACAGCAAUGACUCAGCGUGGCUACGGGGAGCAAACAUACCUUGUCAGCACCGUGCCUCCGCCCAAGAUCCCCAGUUGUGCCGUGUCUCCCGAGCAGGGAUCAGUGCUCACCACUUUCAGAGUCUCCUGCAGCGCUCCUUGCUUGGCGGAUUCAUGCCAAUCCCGUCAUAACAGGCAGCUCACGUACUGCUUCUACCUGAGCUCAAAUUCCCUCCUUCAUUGUGGCCCGGAUCCUGAACUCUUCCCAGUUUAUCUUCCACUUGGAGAAGAGGAAAAUAAUUUUGCUUUGCAUAUGACAAUUACCGUUAGCAACAACUACGGUGAUACAGUUCAAACUUACGCUUCAGUGAAGGUUGGACAUGCAGAUAUGACCGAUGGGAACCUGACCCUGCAGGCUAUUGUAUCUGAGAAGGCAAACACCAUCCUAAAAGAUGGCAACAACAGCAUGAGUCUUUUCCAGCUGUACAAGUCAGUGACAUCAGUCCUUAAUCAGGAGACUCAAGAGGAAAGCUUUAACAUAUCUUUACAGAUGGACACAAGAAAAGAGCUCCGAGGGCUGAUGCUGACAACUCUCUCUGCUGUUAACAUAACAUCAGUACAGACGGCUCUUAAGAUGUCAGAAGUAUUGAAAGAAAUCACUUACAAGAGUGAAGAGCUGUCUGUCUCAGCACAGGUGGAAGCCAGCAACACUCUAAAAGAUGUCAGUGCUUCCUUGCUCACUGUAAACGCAGAAGACAGCAGAGAUGAUCAGAAGCUAAAAGAUGCAGCCAACUAUCUAUUUAAUGCAGUGAGCAACGUCCUUAAAGCUUCUGUAGAAAUCAGAGCUACGAACACUUCAGUGUCAGAGGCAGAACAGGAAGUAAAGGCAAAUAAUGUGCAUCUUGAUGGUUAUGAGGAGCUUCAUUGGAAGUUUCCUCCUCUAACCCUUUUCCAGAGUUCAGUGUCACACCAGCUCCUGAACACAGUUGAAAAUCUACAGAGUGCCCUUCUGUUUGGGAAAGAACCAGAUGGGGAACCAACAGUCCUUACCACUCCUUCUGCCACAAUGUAUAUACACAGAUUACAAACAGAAAACAUGGAUGGCACAUCCAUUAAUAUCUCCAAUUCCAGCUCUGCCAGCUUUACUCUCCCACCUGCUUCCUCUCUCAGUGUUUCAGGAGCUGACGAUGAGACAGUGGACAUAAGGAUGGUGAGCUUUGCCGUGAAUCCCUUUUUCUCCAGUGACACCAGUUUUGAUAUCAGUGGAACAGUGGGAGGUCUCAGUCUUACUGGUCUGGAUGGCUCGAUCAUUCCAGUCAGCAAUCUCAAAGAAAACAUUGAGAUAAUGUUACCCAGGCUUUCAUCAACUCAGGAAGAUAAGAUUCUGCUGAAUCUGGGCAAUUUCAGCACUUUCCAGGUCAAUGUCACCUCAGAAAACACAUCUAUAGUGAUCCACCUGGAAUCUGAACAUGACACUCCACUGAUACUCUACUUAGGGUACGGUUAUCGUCCAAAUGAAACUACCUAUGAUAUGAAAAAUCAUCUGUUCUGUAAGAAAACUACAGGAGGUGAGACAAACACCUGGGUUCUCAGCCCAGAAGAAUUCAGUUUUGGAGAAGGAACUUACUAUUUCAUGGUUUUACAAGAUAUGGGAAUGAAUUUCACAGCCUAUGACAGAGUAACUAUCGCUGUCACUUGCUUUGCAUCCCGCUGUGUAUUUUGGGAUGAGCACCAGGGGAACUGGAACACCUAUGGAUGUCAUGUAGGACCAAAAACAAAUCGUGGAAGAACACAGUGCCUCUGCAACCAUCUGACCUUCUUUGGGAGCUCCUUCUUUGUCACACCAAAUGCCAUAGAUGUUAGCAAAACUGCACAGCUAUUUGGCACAUUUGUGGACAACCCUGUGGUGGUGACAACUGUAGGAUGCAUCUUCCUGAUAUAUGUGCUUGUAGUUAUUUGGGCUCGAAGGAAAGACAUCCAGGAUGAAGCCAAAGUGAAAAUCACAGUACUGGAAGACAACGACCCCUUUGCUCAGUAUCGUUAUCUUGUGACAGUUUUCACAGGACACCGCCGUGGGGCAGCCACAACCUCCAAGGUGACUCUCACCCUCUAUGGACUUGAAGGAGAGAGUGAGCCACACCACCUAACCGAUCCUGAUACACCAGUCUUUGAACGUGGAGGAGUGGAUGUUUUCCUACUCUGUACUUUCUUCCCUCUUGGAGAACUGCAGAGUAUUAGAUUGUGGCAUGAUAAUUCAGGGGACAGUCCAUCUUGGUACGUGAAUCGAGUAUUAGUCCAUGAUCUGGCAUGGGAUCAAAAAUGGUACUUCCUCUGUAACUCUUGGCUAGCCAUUGAUACUGGAGAAUGUGUCCUAGACAAAGUGUUCCCAGUAGCUACAGAACAGGACAUGAAGCAGUUCAGCAAUCUGUUUUUCAUGAAGACCUCCAAGGGUUUCCAGGAUGGGCACAUCUGGUACUCGGUUUUCAACCGCUCCCCACGAAGCUCCUUCACACGAGCCCAGCGUGUGUCAUGUUGCUUCUCACUGCUUCUCUGCACCAUGCUGACCAGUAUCAUGUUUUGGGGAGUGCCAAAGGAUCCAGCUGAGCAGAAAAUGGAUUUGGGUAAGAUCGAGUUCACCUGGCAGGAGGUGAUGAUUGGCUUUGAGAGCUCUCUCCUCAUGUUCCCCAUCAACCUGCUCAUUGUGCAGAUCUUCAGGAACACACGAUCCCGGCCAGCCACGCAGGGCAGAGAGAAGAAGCCGGGAAAGAAUGGUCGAGUGUCCCCAAGCCUACCUCCCACUCCACAGGUCACCCAGUCCGUCUCACUCACUCCAGAGGCUGUGAUAAAGGACAUAAGAAGAAUUGCCAGCUCACUCUUUAAAGCCCUGAAGACGCCAUCUCUCACUUCAGUAUCAGAUCUUGGGAAAUCAACUAACAUCAACACGCUUUUGGCGUUGGUUGAGGACAUCAUCUGCCAGCAGAACAGAGCUGGGCAAGAGUUUUAUGAUGAGAGCAAAAAGAAGGAUGACCCUAUAAUUGUCACAUUAGGUGCUAUGGAUAUACAAGAAAAAACAAGAAGCCCAACUCCAGAGAAAGGAACGUGUGAGCAACUGAAAUACACUGAUUACAACCGCUGCUUGUACAUGCAACUCCAGCAUGUAGAGAUGGAGCUGGAAUUACUGGGGCCGCAUAAAUUUCAGACGCCUCAGAGUUACACACAAGCUGUUCGGCAGGUCCGGCACAUGAAAAACCUCCUGGAGAACCGGAUCUGCUCAUCAGCGUGGUCCCUUACUCCAAGCUUCUCUGGUGAUGGCAAGAAAAGUUCUUCCUCCAAAGGGCUGCCUUGGUGGUUUGUGUUCAUUGCUUGGUUCCUUGUUGCAGCCACCAGUGGGGUGUCGGGGUUCUUUACCAUGCUCUAUGGGCUACAUUACGGCAAGGAGAACUCCAUCAAGUGGCUGAUCUCCAUGGCCAUCUCCUUCUUGGAAAGUCUUUUCAUCACACAGCCCUUAAAGGUGCUGGGAUUUGCUGCUUUUUUUGCUCUGGUUCUGAAGAAGGUGGAACAUGAGGAUGAAGAAAACACAGUUAUUGAUGGGCACAGUCAUUUAUCUGCACCAGGUGAUUCAAAUCCUCUCUUUGGAGCCCGAAGGGACAGUAGAAGCGAUAUUUACCGGCCACCUCCUGCAGUUGACGUGGAGAAAAUGAAAAUAAGCUGCAUGAAGGAGCAGAAAGCAUUUGCUCUCAUCACAGAAAUCCUGGCCUAUCUGGGGUUUUUAUGGAUGCUGUUACUGGUUGCCUAUGGGCAGAGAGAUCCCAACUCCUACUACUUAAACAAACACAUUGAGAACAGCUUUACAGAUGGAUUCCACGAUGUCUACAGUUACCAGGAUUUUUUCACGUGGGCAAACACUACCUUAGUCAAAAAUCUUUAUGGAUCAUAUAAAGGAUUCAUCACAGAUGGCAAUUCCAAGCUGGUGGGUAGUGCUCGAAUUCGCCAAGUAAGAGUGAAAGGAGACACCUGCCCUAUUUCUCCCAAACUCCAGCGUGUGAUUCAGGAAUGCCAUGCUCCAUAUUCCCUACAAACAGAAGAUACAUCAGAUUAUGGGGAACACUGGAACACUUCGGUCUUCGAUAACUCCUCUGACUUGAGCUCAGCAUGGCAGUAUCAGAGUCAGUCCAAACUGAAAGGGCAACCCACCUGGGGCAAACUUGCCAUCUACAGGGGAGGGGGAUACGUGAUUCAGCUGGGAACUGAUCCUAAGAAUGCCUCCAGAAUUCUCCAGUACCUUUUCAACAACGUCUGGCUAGACACCUUCACAAGAGCAGUGUUUGUGGAAUUCACAGUCUACAAUGCCAAUGUGAACCUGUUCUGCCUUAUAAGCUUGAUGUUUGAAACCAACGCUUUAGGGGCCUUCUUCACAAGCGCAGAGCUGCAAAGUAUCCGGCUUUAUCCGUACACCAACAGUCUCCACAUCUUUGUGGUUGCAGCAGAAGGAAUUUAUUUCCUCUUUAUUGUGUACUACAUGAUAGUACAGGGAAAACUGAUGAAGACUCUGAGAUUGAGAUACUUCCACAGCAAGUGGAAUCUCCUGGAGAUGGCCAUUAUAUUGAUUAGCUGGAGUGCUCUGUCAGUGUUUGUGAAGCGGACAAUCCUCGGGACCCGGGACAUCAGCUACUACCAGGAACACAAAGAUGACUGUGUAAGCUUGAAUGAAACAGCAAGAGCUGAUGCAGUUCUUGGCUACCUGAUUGCAUUCCUAGUGCUUCUCUCCACUGUGAAACUGUGGCAUCUCCUGAGGCUCAACCCUAAACUAAACAUGAUCACUUCAACUCUAAGGAGAGCAUGGGGUGAUAUCUCUGGAUUCAUCACUGUUAUUGCAAUCAUGUUCCUCGCCUAUUCCACUGCUACAAACUUGAUCUUUGGCUGGAAGCUCUACUCUUACAAAACUCUCUUCGAUGCAGCAGAGACUAUGGUCAGUCUUCAGCUGGGAAUCUUCAACUAUGAGGAGGUCUUGGACUACAAUCCAAUUUUAGGCUCCUUCUUAAUUGGAUCCUGCAUAAUUUUCAUGACUUUUGUGGUACUGAAUCUGUUCAUUUCGGUGAUCCUGGUUGCUUUUAGUGAGGAGCAGAAGCACUAUCAGGCUUCGGAAGAAGAGGAGAUUGUUGAUCUAAUGCUAAUGAAAGUUUUCAGUUUCUUCGGGAUUAAAUGCAAGAAGGAAGAGAAGCCAGUCACUAUUGAUCAACCGAAACAACCUGUCAACGACUGA